UGGUUGAGGUCCCUGGAGGUGCCUUGGUCUUAUCCUCAAGCUUCUACUGGUGAAUGAGUCCUGGCUCCUUGGUACGUCCUACAACCUUGGUGAGAUAUGGCUUAGGACAUUGUAUUAUCCUCAGACUGCGUGGCUGCUGUCCAGACUUGAUGCUGGGCUCCUGGCCAGUUCCCAAGAGCUGUGAUUCCCAGGCUGUCUCAGUGUUGCGCCCUGGUUCCUGACGCACAUCCCCGAGGUGGGUCCACCUUUCUACAAGAAGAAAAGUUCGGUGGUGAAUUACCCGGCAACAAUAGGAGUUGUGUCCGUUCAUAACAACAAGAAGAGGGGAGGCAAAUUCCAGCCUUUUAAGAAGUUGUUUGGCAAAAGGAAAAAGAAAGGCACUCCACUGUCUCGGGAGGAAUCGGCUGGGAGGCAGAGUCACUCACCCCAGAGUGCCAGCAAUGGGACCUUCUCUUCGGAUGAGGAAACCCCGGAAAACAAUCUGAGGUCCUUCAACUAUUCUAUGGGAGCACGGGCGUUCUCCCAUGACAGUAUUUUUAUCCCUGAUGGGGGAGCAGAAAGUGAGCAGACAGUUCAAGCAAUGUCACAGGACAACAUCCUGGGCAAAGUCAAAACUCUUCAGCGACAGUUGGGCAAGAAUAUCAAGUUUGGGCAGCGGCCAUCAAACGCCAUUCCCAUGAAGAAGGCAGGCAGCACAGACGCUAGCUCAGAGGAGGACUUCGUCCUCACCAGUCCCAUGGAGAUUGUGACUCAGCAGGAUAUUGUCCCCUCAGACUCGGAGAACAAAUCCAGCGAUACACCAAGUUCCUCAAGUCCUCUGAAUCUACCUGAAGCCGGAAGUGACAUGGAAGAGAAGGUUGCUCCAGUUAAACCCUCUCGGUCAAAAAGGCACUUGUCUUCAGCCGGCACCAUCGAAAGUGUCAACCUCGAUGCCAUUCCCCUGGCCAUCGCUCGUCUGGACAACAGUGCUGCCAGGCACAAACUCUCUGUGAAGCCAAAAAACCAGAGGGUGUCAAGGAAGCACAGGUGGCUUGCCCAGGACCGACAGAAUGAACGGGGCAGCUUUGAGAGUCAGUCCUCCCUGGACCAGAACGGGCAGCUAGGAGAAGACAAGCACAUUUGGCACGGAGAGGAACCAGAACCUUUGGAAUCCCACGAAGAGAAAAGACUGCACGAAGAGUAUUGGCGGGAACUUGAAGCCAAGUGCAAACGACAAAAAGCCGAAGCCGCUGAGAAGAGGCGCCAGGAAGAGCAGAGGCGGCAGGCGCUGGAGAGGAGGCUUUGGGAGGAGAGCCUCAGACAGGAGCUGCUGGAGGAGGAGGAGGAGGGGGAGGAGGAAGAAGAGGUGAAGGAGAAGGGGGAGGAGGGCGAAGAGGUGGACCUGCAGCCACGGGCAGGGAAGGCACCUCCAGAGGAAGGGCACCAGUCUUGUCCGGAGGAACAGCGCUGUGCAGAGCAAGAGCUGGGGGGAGCCGACGAUCCUGCCCUCCUGGAGGCAGAAGAGCGCAGGCGUGAGCAGGAAGAGGCCGAGAGGCAGGCGGAGAAACUGAGGCAGCGCGAGACUGAGAGGCAAGAGGAGGAACAGAGGCAGCGCGAGGCCGAAAGGCAAGAAGAGGAAGCGAGACAAUGCGAGGCCAAGAGGCAGGCGGAGGAAGCAAGGCAACGCGAGGCCGAAAGGCAAGAGGAGGAAGCAAGACAAUGCGAGGCCGAGAGGCAGGCGGAGAAACUGAGGCAGCUCGAGGCCGAGAGGCAGGAGGAGGAACUGAGGCAACGCGAGGAGGCUGAGAGACAGGAGAAACUGAGGCAGCGCGAUGCUGAAAGCCAAGAGGAGGAACUAAGGCAGCACGAGGCGGAGAGGCAGCGCGCUCAGGAGGAGGACGCCAAGGGGAUGCUGCAGGAGGAGGAGGAGGAGGAGGCCAAGCGCAUAGAAGAGCUGAAAGGAAAGGAGACACCAGAGCCGCUGGUGGAGGAAGGUCCGCAGAGUCCAGAAGGAGAGAGCCAGCCUUGGCUAACGGACGACGCUGACCAGCGAAGCCCACUGCAGCGGGACCUUGAGAAGCCAGGGGAACGGGAACGAGAAGACCUGGAAUCCGCAGGGCAGAGAGAGAUCGCGAAGGAGCCUAGAGGAGAGGGCGAGCCGGCCGAGCAGAGCGGAGACUUGGGCGCGCACUGCGGUGGUGUGGACGGGGAAGGGAAAGAAACCGCUCAGACAGACAGUCCUCAGCCGCAGGAGAGACAGAUGGAAGGAACACCGGCCCCGGAGGAGAAUGAAGCUACUGCGGCAGACAUAGACCGGAAGGUGGAGGAGCUCCGGUGGCAGGAGGUGGACGAGCGGCAGACCAUGCCCCGGCCUUACACAUUCCAGGUAUCCUCCGGGAGUAGGCAGAUUCUCUUCCCCAAAGUCAACCUGAGCCCGGUAACACCGGCUAAGGACGCGGCGAGCCUGGCCCCAGCGGCCCAGGAACCGCCCGCGCCCCGCGGUGCCACCUCACACGCCCUGCCAUCAGCGCUGAGCAUCCCACACACGGCCAUUCUGGUCACCGGAGCGCAGCUCUGCGGCCCGGCGGUCAACUUGAGCCAGAUCAAGGACACAGCAUGUAAGUCCCUCCUGGGGCUGUCAGAAGAAAAGCGCCCUAUGGACGUCCCCACUGUGGAGUCCAGGGCCGGCAGUGGGAAGUCCAGACCUGCCCCAGAGUCACCAAGCAAUGCGGCCGCGCUAGCCGAGUGGGCGUCCAUUCGAUCCAGAAUCCUGAAGAACUCGGAGGGCGACCAGCGUGGCGACAGAGAGCCGGCCAGAGCCGGGGACGAGCCAGCGCCUCGAGCGCGGUGCGAUUCCCGAGGGAACGUGCGCAGGACGCCGCCAGUCAACGCCAAGUUCUCCAUCAUGCCUGCCUGGCAGAAGUUCUCAGACAGCGGCGCAGAGACCUUCAGGCAAAGCCUGGACGGGGAGAGCGGAAGGAAAAAGCCGGGGCUAGCACCCAGCGAAGAAACAGCACCCCAGCCUCAUGCAGCGGCUCAGCAAGAGGUAAGCCAGGAGCCACCAGACACCACAGACGGAUGCAAAUUUGCCAAAGACCUUCCAUCUUUCCUCGUUCCAGGCCUGCCUUCUCCGCAGAAAGCUGCGUCCCGCACCGAGUCCACGACCACUUUGGACAGCGAGACCACAAGUGACGUGGGAAACCCAGACCCUGCGAUGCCAGGAGGCGAGGAAAAGGCCUCGCCCUUUGGAAUAAAAUUGAGAAGGACCAACUAUUCCUUGCGCUUCCACUGUGACCAACAGGCCGAACAGAAGAAGAAAAAGAGGCACAGCAGCACAGGAGACAGUGUGGAUGGGGCCACCCUCGCAACUGGGAGUGUCUCUGGAGAGAGAGAGCCUGAAGCCACGUUCCUCAAGCAUGGCCCAUCCCUUCCCCAGGAGAGAAAGCCAGCUCUAUCCCCUCGGAAGGACUCUGCUGAAAGCCAUUCUAGUGGUCACUAUGUUGCUGUGGCCCAGUCUGGUCUACCACCAGGCAGUGGCCAGACCCCAGCUCCAGAGCAAGACAAGGCAGUAAGCAAAAUGCCAUCCAUGCAGAAGCCGGCCCUGGCUCCCAAGCCUGCCAGCCAGACCCCACCUUCAUCCCCACUCUCCAAACUGAGCAGACCCCACUUAGUAGAGCUGCUCACUAGGCGAGCUGGGAAGCUCGACUCCGAGCCCAGUGAGACUGCCAAGGAGAGCAGUGAUAACCAGCCACCCUCACCAUCACUGCCAGAGGCGCUGAAGGGGCCGAAAAGGAAUGAGAAAGAUUUGCCAGAAAAGAAGCCAGCUUCCCCACCUCUGCCAGCAAGCCAGUGGCACAAUUCGCUAAUUCCUGAAACAGGUAGAAAAGAGAAGCCCGUGCUUCAGAGCAGGCACUCUCUGGACGGCUCCAAGGUGACAGAGAAAGUUGAAACCGCUCAGCCGCUGUGGAUAACAUUGGCACUCCAGAAACAGAAGGGAUUCCGGGAGCAGCAAGCGACUCGGGAGGAGAGGAAGCAAGCCCGGGAGGCCAAGCAAGCAGAAAAGCUCUCCAAAGAGACCGUCAGUGUCAGCCUACAGCCUGGAAGCAGCCGGGCAAGCAAAACUGGUCCCGUGCACAAGCCUGCUGCUCCAUCUGAAGAGAAAAAGCCAGAAACGGCCGUGUCCAGGCUGCAGCGCAGAGAGCAGCUGAAGAAGUCCAACACUCUCCCCACGUCUGUGACAGUGGAGAUCUCAGACUCUGCGCCCUCAGCACCACUGGUAAAAGAGGUCACCAAGCGGUUCUCCACCCCAGACGCUGCUCCCGUGUCCACAGAACCUGCCUGGCUGGCUUUGGCCAAAAGAAAAGCAAAGGCCUGGAGCGACUGUCCGCAGAUUAUUAAGUAAACAGCGAUUUUAUCCAC